GAAGAAGAACGUCCUGAGCGCCAAAUCAUCUUGGAUAGAUGCUUUUCAACAGGUCGAUUGGUUCGACGAUAUUGGGCUUCAUUGGGUCUAUGGUUUCCCCUUUUUGUUCUUAUUGAUAUUGUCAUUGAAUUUGUUUUAUUAAUAUUGUGA